CUUAUUUAUUUAUUUUUAGAGGAGGCAUUGGGGAUUGAACCCAGGACCUUGUGUAUACUAAGCUUGCGCUCUACCACUUGAGCUACACCCUCCACUCCAGCCAAGUGAAUUUGACAAGGUCUUAUAUCAUUUAAAAAACAGUCGUCCAUCAUGUCAAAUUCAUAGAGAAGGUAGAAUAGUGGUUUCCAGGAGCCGAGAGGAGAGAGAAUGGACCGUUAUUGUUUGAUGGGUACAGAGUUUCAGUUUGGGCUGGUGAAAAAUUUCCAGAGGUGGAUAGUGGUGAUUACACAACCACAUGAAGGCACUGAAUGAACUCUACACCUAAAAAAUGGUUAAAAGGGAACAUUUUACGUUAUAUAUAUUUUACACAGAAAAAAAAUCAAUGAAAUCUUAAAUAUUACUGCAAAGACACCAAAUUCAGUAUGACAAACCGAGAGAAAAUAACAUAUUUCAGAGGUUAAAGGUGAUUUUCAUAUGACAAAGCAGCAGCCUCUUAAGGCUCCAUUGAUGGAAACUAUUUAUGAGGACAGGUUUUAUGUCACUGAAUGUUACCUGCUUUUCCCCUGCUACUGAGAAAUAAGGUACCCUGAAGGUGUUCUUUGAACUUUCUGCCUACUCAUUUAAUUCUUAAAACAGUCCUAUGAGGUAGGCAUUGUUAAUACCUCCAUUUUACAGAUGGAAGAAUUGAGGCACAGAGAUAUUAAUAAUUUGAGAUUUCACAGCUAAUAUGUAGUAGGUCCAUGAACCUAGACAGGUUACUCUCCUAACCCAGGUACUUUAUUCUCAAUUUCCACCCUCCCUAGAAUCAGAGUCAUACCCCGAGAGCCACACGAAUUGUUAUUGGCGCCACCGUGUAUGGUUGCACAGAUUGUUCACUGCACAGGGGCUCCUGGCUAAAGGGGUGAGUGGUGUCUGGAAUCCAGCUCACGUCUGCUCAUGAAGGGGCCCCAAGGAAGGGGCACCAUUGCUCUUUCACAUGAAGCGGCCACAUGGGUUAGUGACAUCCUUUGGCCAGAAUCUGACGGCUUUCUUCUCCUUCCCCUAUUGUGUCUUCCCAAGACUCAGCGCUUCCCCAGAAGGAGAAGGACAAAAUGACCAAGUUCAAGGAGGCAGUGACAUUCAAGGACGUGGCCGUGACCUUCACAGAGGAGGAGCUGGGGCUGCUGGACCCCGCCCAAAGGGAGCUGUACCGAGACGUGAUGCUGGAGAACUUCCGGAACCUGGUCUCCGUGGGGCACCAAUGCUUCAUACCAGAUGUAAUAUCCCAGUUGGAGAGAGAAGAAAAGCUUUGGAUGUUACGGACAGCAGCCCAGAGCCGUUGCUCCUCAGGAGACAAGAAUCUAAAUGAUAUGGACACUCUUCAAGAAGUUGGAUUAAGGUAUCUCCCACACAAAGAGCUUUUCUGCUCGCAAAUCUGGCAACAAGUUACCAGGGAAUCGACCAGGUGUCAUGAUUCUGUGGUAAAUAUUCAAGGAUCUGGCUCUCAGUUGGAAAAACAAAGUGACGCUCUCUAUAAAGAUGUGGAGUUCAGUAAAGACUUUAAUCAGAGUCCACAUCUUCAGGUUCACCGCAGAGACCACACUGGGAAAAAACCCGACAAAGGAAUAGAGUGUGAGAAAGGUUUCAUUCGGGGUUUUCAGCUUCAAAUUAACCCAAGAGCCCAGGUAGGAGAGAAGCUCUAUACAUGUGAAAAAUGUGAAAACACCUUCCGUCGCCUUACAACUCUUCAAGCCCAUCAGAGAGUCCACAGUAGAACAAAGUCUUCCAAAUAUGAUACGUCACAUAAGGGUUUCAGUCGGAGGUCAUAUCUUCAUCAUCGUCCGAGAGUCCCCACUGGAGAGAAUCCACACAGGUAUGAGGAGUGUGGGAGGAAUGUCAGGAAAAAUUCACAUCAUCAAGCUCCUCUUACGGUCCACCUAUUGGAGAAACCCUAUAAAUGUGAGGAGUGUGGGCUGGGCUUCAGUCAGGCCUCCUAUCUUCAAGUCCAUCAGAGAGUCCAUGCGGGAAAGAAACCUUACAAAUGCGAAGAGUGUGGGAAGGGCUUCAGUUGGCGUUCACGACUACAGGCCCAUCAGCGAAUCCACACUGGGGAGAAACCAUACAAAUGUGAUGCAUGUGGCAAGGGCUUCAGUUACAGCUCACACCUUAACAUUCACUGUAGAAUCCACACAGGUGAGAAACCCUAUAGAUGUGAAGAGUGUGGGAAAGGCUUCAGUGUAGGUUCCCACCUCCAAGCCCAUCAAAUAAGCCACACGGGAGAGAAACCAUACAAAUGUGAGGAGUGUGGGAAGGGCUUCUGUCGGGCCUCAAAUCUUCUAGACCAUCAGAGAGGCCACAGCGGUGAGAAACCAUAUCAAUGUGAUGCAUGUGGAAAGGGCUUCAGUCGUAGCUCAGAUUUUAACAUUCAUUUCAGAGUCCACACAGGAGAGAAACCCUAUAAAUGUGAGGAGUGUGGGAAGGGUUUCAGUCAGGCCUCAAAUCUGCUGGCCCAUCAAAGAGGCCACACUGGAGAAAAACCAUACAAGUGUGGUACCUGUGGGAAGGGUUUCAGCCGGAGUUCAGAUCUCAACGUUCAUUGUAGAAUCCACACAGGCGAGAAACCCUAUAAAUGUGAGAAGUGUGGGAAAGCCUUCAGUCAGUUCUCAAGUCUUCAAGUGCAUCAGAGAGUCCACACUGGAGAGAAACCGUAUCAGUGUGCCGAGUGUGGGAAGGGCUUCAGUGUGGGCUCACAGCUUCAAGCCCAUCAGAGGUGCCACACUGGAGAGAAACCCUACCAGUGUGAGGAGUGUGGAAAGGGCUUCUGUCGGGCCUCAAAUUUUCUGGCUCAUCGUGGCGUCCACACAGGAGAGAAACCAUACCGAUGUGAUGUGUGUGGUAAGCGCUUCAGACAGAGAUCAUACCUUCAAGCCCACCAGAGGGUCCACACUGGAGAGAAACCAUAUAAGUGUGAGGAAUGUGGGAAGGUCUUCAGUUGGAGCUCAUAUCUUCAAGCUCAUCAGAGAGUCCACACUGGAGAAAAACCAUACAAAUGUGAGGAGUGUGGGAAGGGCUUCAGUUGGAGCUCGAGUCUUAUAAUUCAUCAGCGAGUCCAUGCUGGCGAUGAAGGUGACAAGGACUUUCCCUCAUCAGGGAAGACAUACAGCAAAGAAGCUCCAUAAAGCUACAUGUUUUAAUACCUCAAAUGGGUGUUGAACUAGUCCACUUAUCAGACCUGUCAUAGAAGACCAAACAUUUGUUUCAUAAAAGAGUAUUUCAGCCAGAGCUUGACAUGUCAUAGUAGUUGGGUGACCACACAGCAGAGAAGCCUCAUGAAGGUGGAGACAAAAGGACUUUAUUCAGAAACUUGACAUCUAGCAGAUGUCACACAGAACGGAAGAGAGCCUUAGGAAGGAUGAGUCUGAUCUGGAGUGAACCCAAAGUACUAAGACAGAAAUGCCAAAAAUCUCUUCCACUAGAAUAUAAGCUCCCAGAGGUCAGGGACUUUGUUUACUGCCAAGUUGCUUCUGCCUCUUCAGUGCCUAACACACUGCAGGUGUUAAGUAAGGUUAAAUGAGUAAAGGGGAGGACAGUCACAUUCGAAAUUUUUACUCAGUUCCUCUCUAAAAAUUUCUAUAAAGUUCUACUUAGAAGAAUUCUCCAAGCCUUGGAGGACAUGAAUUGAGACUCACGGGCUCAUUUUCCCAACCCUGCAGGUCCUGUAAACUAGUGCUUAUCAAACUGAAGGUGGUAACCCAUUAGUGGGUCCAGAAGUCCAUUCAGCGUGUUGUGACCAGCACUUUUGUAUGCUAACAGUACUUUAUUGAAGUGUAAUUUGCAUGCAGUAACCUGCAUAAGUCUCAAGUUUACAACUUCAUGAAUUUUGACAAAUGCUAUCUACUUGUGUAAUCAUCACCAAGAUCAAUAUCUACAAUAUUUCUAUUAAACCAGAAUGUUUCCUUGUG